CAUCUCAGUGGUGGAAAUGUUUGAGUUGGGGAGGGUCGACUUUGAGGUGACAUUGACGCUAUGUAGAUGAGAGUGAGGAUCCUGCGCUCCAUGUUACGUCCCUGCUCGCUUCAACUCAGACGGCGGCAGCUCCUUUCCCCGUCUUCUCUCCCCUCCUCUCUUUCAGCACCACUCCUUUCAGGACAGCACCUCGCUCUCAAAGACGCAUUUGUUCACCAUCUUCACCUCUCAGGAUCAUACUUUUGCUCUCUGUCGUCGGAUGCAAAGUUUUCACCUGGGUUUUAUUCGGUAAAAGUGCAAGGAAGUAACUUUUUCUGAAAUUUGGAUUUUCCCAUCGGGGAAAAAAUCUGGAAAAUUAAGUCAUUUUAUUGGUCGCUGGACCGCUGCUAAACUGCUGCUCAUCACUCUCUUUAGCCCGAUUUUUCGUCUCCGCUCGGCUCGUAUCUAGGAGCUGGGUGUAAGCUACAGGACGGAGAAGCUGCUGCUGCCUGGACAGGUUCGGAAACCCCCUCCUCUCCACUGGUGAGGACUAUCCAACACUCGCAGUGACCAUGGCCACCAACGGGACCAAAGCCACGGACGGACACGUCUUAACAGAGAUGGCGAAUGACGCGCCCACCACAACGCCAAACGACAAACCCAAAACCUUGGUGGUGAAAGUGCAGAAGACGCAAAAGGAGUUACCUGAGAGAGAAACGUGGGGAGGGAGAUUUGACUUUCUUCUCUCAUGUGUGGGAUACGCAAUCGGACUCGGAAAUGUCUGGAGAUUUCCUUAUUUAUGUGGAAAAAACGGAGGAGGGGCCUUCUUGAUUCCCUACUUUUUGACCCUCAUAUUUGCCGGCAUGCCCCUGUUCUUUCUGGAGACGGCUCUUGGUCAAUACACUUCUAUUGGAGGGCUUGGAGUGUGGAAGCUGGCCCCCGUGUUCAAAGGUGUGGGUAUGGCUGCUGCAGUCUUGUCCUUCUGGUUGAAUAUCUAUUACAUUGUAAUAAUUUCCUGGGCAAUUUACUAUCUGUACAACUCCUUCACUACCGAGCUGCCAUGGCAGUCUUGUGGAAAUGCCUGGAACACAGAGCGCUGCUACAACAACUACAGCAUCGCAGACACCAAAAACCUUACCAGCUCUGUGGUGGAGUUUUGGGAACGUAACAUGCACCAGAUGACUGAUGGCCUGGAGAAACCUGGGGAGAUCAGGAUCCCGCUGGCUAUCACGCUUGCCAUUGCAUGGGUCCUCGUCUAUUUCUGCAUCUGGAAGGGGGUCGGCUGGACAGGCAAAGUGGUGUACUUCUCAGCCACAUACCCUUACUUCAUGCUGUUCAUCCUGUUUUGCCGCGGCAUCACUCUACCUGGCGCAAUUGAUGGGAUCCUCUUCUAUAUCACACCAAACUUUGAAAAACUGAAGGAGUCUGAGGUGUGGCUGGAUGCUGCCACUCAGAUCUUCUUUUCCUACGGGCUGGGAUUAGGCUCGCUGAUCGCUCUUGGCAGUUACAAUCCCUUCAAAAACAACGUGUAUAGAGAUUCUAUCAUUGUCUGCUGCGUCAACUCCUUCACCAGCAUGUUCGCUGGCUUAGUCAUCUUCUCCAUCGUGGGAUUCAUGUCCAAUGUAACAAACAGACCCAUCGCUGAUGUGGCAGCCUCAGGACCUGGCCUGGCAUUUUUGGCUUACCCUGAGGCUGUGACCCAGCUGCCCAUUUCUCCUCUCUGGGCCAUACUCUUUUUCUCCAUGUUGCUGAUGCUGGGAAUCGACAGCCAGUUCUGCACCGUGGAGGGCUUCAUCACUGCACUGGUUGACGAGUUCCCCCACGCUCUCCGAAAACGCAGAGAAAUCUUCAUCGCAGUCGUCUGCCUUAUUUCUUACAUCAUUGGACUUUCCAACAUCACACAGGGUGGACUGUACGUGUUCAAGCUAUUUGAUUACUACUCAGCUAGUGGAAUGUGCCUGCUAUUCCUGGUCUUCUUUGAGUGCAUCUCCAUUUCCUGGUUUUAUGGUGUGAACAACUUCUAUGACAAUAUUGAGGAAAUGAUUGGCUACAAGCCCUGUAUGUGGUGGAAGCUCUGCUGGGUCGUUUUCACUCCACUCAUUGUGGCUGGAGUCUUCCUGUUCAGUGCAGUGCAGAUGGUUCCCCUCACCUUGGGUGACUACGUGUUCCCGGCCUGGGGCCAGGGGGUUGGGUGGUGCAUGGCCCUCUCCUCCAUGCUCCUCAUCCCUGGCUACAUGGUCUACAUGUUCCUGACAAUCAAAGGCACAUACAAAGAGCGUCUGCGGAUGAUGUUCACGCCUUUGAAGCUGGUGAAGGCUCAGGAAAAUGGCCCGGACCAGCAGACAGAAAACCAGAAUCAGACCCCUGCCAACGAGGAAGCCUACAUCUAGAAACCUCUGCCUGGCUUUAUCUCGGCGGCCAGACUGGCGAUACGCAGAAAAAACAUAAUCAAGGUUGGGAACGACCACCAGACUUCCAUGUCUGCUUUUAUUCACCUACCUCCUGGGGACACGUGAGACCAACCUGAUUAAAGUUAUUUUUAGGGGUUUUUCUGUUUGUUUAUUUGUAUAAUACAGAGUUAUAAAACAUAUGAGGAAAAACAAACUACUCAGCAAAAUUGUUGUGAUAUUAUGAAUUUCAUUAUGCAAAAAAAGUUAGUCUUUCUAGAAAAAGGAAAUGUGACUUAGGAAAUUAUUGUAUAUUGAAUAUAUAAUUUAAAUUUGGAGGCCCGCGUUGAUUCAAUAGUAUUGUGCUACUUUGAAGAUAUUAAUUAAUCUACUAAACUACAAUUACUGUAAAAAGAAAAUAUUGGUUGAAUGCAUUUUGCUUGUACAUUACAAAUACAUUAAAAAUGAAUGCAGUGUAGUAGGUGAAAAAAAUGCAAUUUGAAAGUUUGUAAAGUGAAAAUUGAACAUUGACCAACAUAUGACAAAGACAAUAUGGGAAUGUGCAAGAGGUAAGGCCAAAUCUGCUUGUAUGUGUAAAAUAUAAUUUAGCCAGACUAUCACCCCCUUGCAGGAUCCUGCAGUUUGCCUGAAAUGUUUACCACCCAUGACUGGGGCUACCUUUGAAAAGCACAAGUACAGUAUGGAGUUUUGAAGCGUCCAACUUUCUUUUUUUUUAGGCUCGAUUGAAACGUUUGACAGCAGCAAAAAUAACUUACAUAGGAUACAUAGCAAGAGACUGUUAUAAUUGUUUCUUUGUUUUCUAAAGAACAAUAACUUUGUAUGUUGUCUGAAUCUUUUUGUAGAAUCAUUUUUAGGUCGUUUUCUAUAUGUGAGAGUGAAAAGGACCAAAAUCAAACUACGUUUGUAAGAUUGGUGCAGACAUCUGACCCACUGACUAUAUACAGUAAAUCCAUUUCAGUACAGUAGCAAAUACAGCAUCUGAUUAAAAGCACAAUUGUGGUGUGUAAACUGCCACUUCUUAUGAACAAGAUGUAACCAAUACAGAAAUCUUACAUUUGCAUUGUGCUUACAAUAUUUUUGGCUGGGUUCAUUUGGAAAAAAAUGGAUUUUUCUUCUCCUGACAAACUCUUUAAGUAGGAAAGUGUUGUUGCAAUAAGCCAAUGCUAACUCAGAUCUAUAUUUUAAACUAUGAGAAUAAAUAAACUGCUUUGGCUGCUGGAUUGGAGAUUAGAUGAUGGAUUUCUAUGAUGGAUACCACUAUUGUGACUCCAACGGUUUACCUGUAUAUCUAUUUAGUAACCCCCUCCUCAGGAACAAAGGUGGACGUGACCAAAUUCUCUCAGAUACUACUAUUAUACACUGAAACAAAAGCGGCAACAAAACAUGAACACAUAAACCAGUAUAAUAUAUAUAAAUGUACUUGGGCACUAUUGCAUGCUGAUCCAAAUUGUUGCCUCUUUCUGUGUGCUACUCAACUAGCAUCAUUUCUUUCAGCGUAAAUUAACUGUGAUGGCCUUCACUCAGUCGUUUUAGUAGAGGCCAUAGUGUGUUUCUAUCCUGUGGCGAGUGCAUAUUUAAAAUCUCAGAAAAGGAGAGAGAAAUAUUUGCUCAUUCAGAGGACAAAGCUGGCAAAAGCACUGUUACUACAACAGCACAUAGCAAAAUGCUUUGUACUGUAGGCCAACACCACUGAAACUACUCCUUUUCAUUGGGUGAAAAAAACCUAUUAUUACAUAUCAAGCUUGAUCGGCAAUAUAGAAACAUAUAUGUAGAAGCUGACUUUAGUGAAAGACCGCAGAUAUUACUGUAUUACUAUGAAGGAGGAUCAAUAAAUUGUGCUUCUGUGGCAGCUACAUGCGACAGGAAUCAGUCCCAGUAAUUUCCUUUUAUCUAUGUUUUGUUUUCUCAAAGAUAUGUGAAAUUUAAAAUGUGCAAUGACAAAGGGUUCCGUGAGUUUUGUAUAAAGUUACCAUACUGCAGUUUUCUCUCUUGAAUGAUGUUGUAAACUGGACUGUGAAAUACAUGUAUCCGUGAAUGUCCGUACAACCUGAGUUUUUCUUUCGUUUGUCUAAAUGUUGAACAAAAAAAAGUGAUAUUAUUUGCUAUUUUCUGCAAUAAUAUUAUUAUCUCAGAAACUAAAGCACAUAUCUCUCUCAACUGUAAAAAUGAUAAUUACAAUAACAUAAGAGUAAUAAUAAAGAUGAUAAUAUUAAUAAUGAUAAUAAUAAUAAAGUAAUAGAAAUGUUUAGUCAGAGAAUAUUGUUUUGUAUAUUUCUAGCUGUUUCAUGGGCCUAAUGUAAAAUAUUCUAUGUAAAAAAUAUAAUAAAUGUCUUUAGAUGGUGUUAUAUGAAAAAGCAUGAUUGCAAUAUAUGUUAUCUGCAAAAAUAAAUAAAGACCUAUAGAUUAUAAU